CUCCGUCCCGUAUAUCCAUGCGCGUCUACUCGGCUGUACGCGGACACUGGUUUUAUGCUUUGACCUCAAUCUACCAGGAAGAAACGCUGUUGUCCAGACAUAGUUUUUGUACAUCGGAGAAAUCGAAGUGUCACUAUAUGUCUUGUUAUCUUGGAUUCAAAUUGGCAUAAAUUAAUCUUCGGCAUAUAUCGAGUCAUAUUUAAACGAGCUGUUGAGCGAAUUUUAAUAUUCAAAAUGGCGGACUCAGCGUCAAAGGAGAUUGAUGAAAAGACAGGUGUAAAUCUAACAACCGAGACGGUUAGAAUGAAUUCCUUCAGUACAACUCUAAAAAUAGAAGAUGCCCGCUCAUUAAAUGGCCAGGCAAUGCAACACUCCAAUGUAAAUGGGCUUGAUUUCACCACCAAAGGACAACAUACAACAGAGGCUACAGAGAACACUGAUACAACACAUCAAGAACUACAACAACAGCAGCAGACUGUACAACAGCAACAACAAGAAUUGUCACAACAAUCAGUGACUCCCAUUGCGUUAACAGCACAUUCAACUCCACAACAAGUAUUAAUACAGGCUUUGCCAACCAGUGCGACUUCUCAAAUUACCACAACCCCUACAUUGACUUUGACUGCAAAAGAUGAGGAAUUAUCAGUGGCCCAACAGCAACAAUUACAAGCACAGCUAGGGCAAGGUCAGAUUCAAGUUCACGUGCCAGUUAGUCAGGCUGAUGGAAAUCAACAAGAAGUACAGCAGCAACAACCAAUUCAGUUGUCGAUAGCAGGCGGGCAGUUUCCGCAACAAGUCUUUCUUUCUCAACAACAGCAGUAUGCAGACCUUAAUAAAGUGUGGCAACAACAUAGCAAUCAACUUUCAACCCAGCUGCACAAUAUUGGACCACAAGCUCCCCAAGCUACACCACAGCUACAGCAACCACAACCCAAGGUACAGGUAAAUGCAGGAGGACAGCAAAUACCCAUAUCAGGGGCUCAGUUACAACAGAUAUCUGUGCAGGACCUACAACAAUUACAGCAGCUGCAGCAACAGAACCCAAAUCUUCAACAGUAUGUGCUCUUCCAACCUGGACAGAUGGCAGCCAAUGUACAACCUCAGUUUUUUGUGCCUCAACAAACACAGCAAGUACAACAAGGACUAAUACAGCAGACGCAACCUGGCAUGAUGCAGCAGCUCCAAGGACAGCAGAAUUUGGUGCAAGGACAGACAGCUGUUAAUCUAACCCAGCAGCCAGUAAGUGUGGGAUCACCGAUACCACAGCCAGUGAUUCCUACUGUCACAGCACAGCAACAACUACAAUUACAACAAGCCCAGAAACCACCUUCCCAGUCUGGUGAGGAACCAACUGAUCUUGAAGAGCUAGAACAGUUUGCUAAAAUGUUUAAACAGCGACGAAUCAAACUGGGUUUCACUCAGCGGUGCCUGGCUAGGUUAGUUGAAAAGACUGGCCAACCUAGCCAUUGUCCUCUAUGUAAACGUGAACACGAGGUUCAAGUAUCUGAUCUUUCUAUAAAUGCUGUUAUCAAAGAAAUAUCUCAGGCUUUCUAUGACGAAGAAACCUUGUCGUUGAAGUUGAAGUUGAUGGAAUGUGCAGCCUGUGAAAAAGGUGAAAUAACUAAGAGGUGUGUGGAUUGUGCUAUGAAUAUAUGCGACAUAUGUGCAAAUGCACACUAA